AUGGAAAAAUUCAAUGUACCCAUCGAUAUCUCGGCUGAUGCUGAGCCGAAAACCGUUGAGACCUCCGCCGAAACGACUAACGAGAAUAACGCCGUGUCAGAAGAGGUUGCUAACCAUGCCGUUGACACUUCGGCUGUGAAUCCACCAUGGCAGCAUGCUCAACCAGAAGCCGCUGAAGAACCAAUGCCUGCCUCCGUCCCAGUUGUCUCCGAACCGAGUGUUGGACCCGUUGAGGAAAGGGAUUUCCUUCCAUUGAGAGAUAGCGGCGAAGUGAUGGGACACCCUCAUGAAGAUGCUCCCCCUCAGGUACUUUGAAA